AUGUCUGUAAACCCAGACAGACCGUCACAGUCGCCAGAAAAUCCGGCAGGACGAGAGCUCGAUCCCCGCAAACCAGCGCCCAUUGGCCUGUAUGAGCCUAUUGAUGAGAAGACGCUCAUGGCGCAUCCAGAGCGGUUCACCAGUGAUGGGCUCCGGCGCAAGGAGCGCAUGUACAGGCUGUACGAACACGAAAACUGGCACCUGUUCCGUGGGCGGCUGGUGACUGGAAACAAGCCUGUUCCGUUCAUAGCAGCAGUGUGCAUGAUUGCCGUCCCAGUUGUCCUAUUUGCGAUAUUCGUAUGUCCGUAUCUGUGGACAGACAUGCACAAAGCUGCGGUCGUGGUGUUUGCGUAUAUUACUGCACUGGUACUGUCGUCCAUGAUGAUGGCAUCGUUAUCCGACCCUGGAAUCAUCCCGCGAAAUUUAGACGCCAUAUCAGCAGACAGCAUCGGCACAAGUGGCAGCACAAUGACACUUCCAAAGAACCCUGAACAGGGCAUAUUCUCAGGGGAGGUGCAAAUUGUCGAAUCCCCCAAAGGGACCAGCGAUGAGUGGUCUAGCAGCAGCCGGAGCCCAUUGUUCGCUGAAUCUCAGCUGCCGUCUAUGCAGUACUAUGAAAAACUGCCGCCUCCCUGGGUCCCUGUGAAGGCUCCUGGAGGCCGUGGUGCGCCGCUCAGUGUUUAUGACCCAAAGCCGCUCACCCGCGGGCACAGAUCGAUGUCUGACCCGUCGCACCGGUUCCCGCCCAUUACAAAAGAAAUCCGAAUCAACGACACUGUCGUACGGCUAAAGUACUGUGAGACGUGCAGAAUCUUCCGCCCACCACGUGCCUCGCACUGUAAAUAUUGCGACAAUUGCGUUGAGAACGAGGACCACCACUGCAUUUGGUUAAACAACUGUGUUGGCCGCCGCAACUACCGCUAUUUCUACACGUUUGUGGGCUCGACUGUCGUCUUGGCUCUUUACAUCGCAUCGCUCAGCCUAGCCCGGCUGUUGGUGCCGCUCAGCAACCAGCCUGGCGGAUUCGGCGGCGAUCUGUCGCUCAAGGACAUGAUUUCGCGCCACCCUGUGGUUCUGGCCUUGGUCAUUUACGCUGUCUUGCUUGUGCUGCCGCCUUCUGGCCUGUUCGUCUACCACACUAUCAUGAUCAGCCGCAAUUUAACCACACACGAGGUUAUUAAGGCCAAGCACUCUGACAGAUUUGACGACAAGCCCGACGCGAGGCUAAAGAAGAAUGUGCUUCUGGCGAAGGCCAUAAGCCCUUACUCCCGUGGUUCGUGUCUGAGCAACUGGGCUGCCAUACUGUGCGGGCCAUCUAUGCCUCCGAACAUCCAGUGGCGCAAGCGUGUGGACCCAGAGGGCAUAGAGGAGCUAUUACCACUGCAUCACUGA